AGCUUUAACUUAAAGCAAAUCUUUUGUGUUUCACAUAUUAUCACUACCAAUCAAGUCGAGAUUUGAUUAUUUUGGAUCUUUCUUUUGACAUUUAACCUAGUAUUCCAUAGCAAUCUAUUAACAAAUUAACAUUAAAUUACUUGCGUUUCUUCAUUUCUGGCUGAAAUGUUUAUCUAAAGAUGUUACACAUAUUCAUUAUUAUAUUUGGUUAUUUCUUGAAACUACUUACUUCAGUGACUGCAAAUUGUCAGACAGAUUGUCCAGCUGUUUGCCACUGUACCGAAGACAAAUUUCAACACUGUACAGUAACUUGUACUGACGAAAACCUAACUCAAAUACCCAGUUAUUUUCCAGAAAAUACGACAUCAUUAGAUUUAAGUCGAAACCACAUUAAAAGAAUCCCUCCUGAUAUUAUUAAGCAUUUAAACUUAUUAGAGGUGCUAAAAGUUGACGAUAAUCUUCUUGAAUAUUUGCUGCCAAACACCUUUCAAGGUUUGUGGUCUUUGAGAGAACUGUCGUUGGAAUACAACAGAUUAGCUAUUAAUUAUUCUUCAUUUCCUAUAAAUCUUUUCCGAAAUUUAACUGAAGUGAAAAUUCUGAAACUACGAGGUAACACUGUGUACAGAAACACGAACUUUAUUGAUAGAACUAUAUCUCAUUUAACUGCACUGGAAUAUUUAUACAUAUCAGGUGGUCAGUACUUCAUGUUUGGUGCAGGAUAUAAGAAUUUGACAAAAUUAAAAUAUAUUAAUUUUGCCUCAAAAAGAAACAGUUCCGUUAUUAGAUAUAUUACAAAACAUGCAUUUAAAAAUGUUCCCAGAAUAACCCAUUUGAAUUUAGAUUAUUGCCAUUUAGAUGUAAUUAACACCGAGGCAUUCGCACAGUUUGAACAUCUGCAACUCCUACGCAUUUCAUUUAACAAUCAAAUUCUGCUGUAUAGAAUUACACUGACUUUGAGGUAUCUAAAAAACCCAAGUGAAUUCCAAACUUUAUAUUUUAGUAAUAUAAAAUUAAAUGUAGGAACGGGCAUUGUUAUUACCGAACAUUUCACAAGUUCUUUACAGAAAACUAGAUUGAAGAAAAUUGUUUUAAAUUCAGAUCAUAUUGAAUUACUUUCUUGGAAUAGCAUUCCCUCCUUACCCAGCACAUUGGAAUACGCUUAUUUGAGAAACAACAGAUUUACAUACGGAGAAUAUAUCUUUCAAAUUAAGGCUUUACCCAACAUUAAAUUAAUUGACAUUAGCACGACAAUAUCAUAUAGAGAGCUACCAUUUAUUCGUAGCAAAUUAUUCAAUAGGGAUAUUACUUACAGUUUUACAAUCUCCAAAUCUCUUAAAACACUCUUACUACAAGGUUGCCACUAUAAAAUUCCCAUACCACCAUUCCACAUAAAAGAUGCAAAUGCAAUAAGAGUAAUUAAUGCAACAAAUAAUAUAUUUUGUCCAUGGAGUGGCCCAGUCCGGGGCUUAGAACAAUUACAAAUACUGGAUUUAAGUCACAACCAAUGCAAUAAUAUCAGUAACGAAUUCUUCACAUUUUUCACUGGUCUGCGACUUUUGAAUAUCGAAAAUAACGUAAUAGGAAUUUCAGGGCAAGUUGCCGAAGAAGGUUUCAGUAAAGCUUUUCUAAAUUUAACCAGCCUCGAAGAAUUAUAUCUUUCAAAUAACCACAUUCAAUAUUUAUCAAACAACAGUUUGUUACAGCUGAAAAAUCUCAGAAUCUUAAAUUUGCGCAACAAUUUAUUAGAAUCAUUUGAUGUAAAGAUUAGUCAUAUGUUAAAUUUAUCAUAUUUAGAUUUAUCUAAAAACAUUUUACAGGAACUGUCAGAAAACACUUUGAAUGCUAUUGAAAAUAUAUCUGAAUACCAUAAACUCACUGUCAACAUACAAAACAAUAAA